AUUGGUACAAACAGUGAAAUUAAAUUCAUGGGCAUUAAUCAUACAUUGAUAUUGUAAACUAAUUUGGGAUAACACUGUACGUAGAGUUCAAAACCAGGAAAGAAAGAUAUCAACAUGUGGGAUGUAGCGAUUUAUUUAUUUAUAAUUAGUACGGUGGCUUAUGUCCUUAAAGAAUUGUUUUCUGAGACUCCUAAUUUCGUGAAGUUCAAAUUGAAAUUUCUUAUUUACUACGUAUGGACCUCUACCAUAUCGUUGAUGUUGAUGCCAUUCUUCAUGCUAGACCCGAAGAACGUGAAAAAUAUCUUAUUUUCUGUUGCAAUUAUUAAACACAUAACAAAAGUAAUUGAAAUUAAGUGGCACCUAAGAAAUGGGAAAGUCUUGGCAGAGGAUCGUGGAGCGGUGAUAGUGUCCAACCAUCAGUCAACUAUUGAUGUCCUAGGCAUGUUCAACAUUUGGCAUGUAGCUGACAAAGUCGCUGCAGUGGCUCGUAAAGAGUUAUUUUACGUAUGGCCCUUUGGCUUGGCAGCAUAUCUCUGCGGGGUGGUGUUUAUCGACAGAAACAACCCAAAAGAUGCUUACAAAACACUCCAAGUGACAUCUGAUAUUAUGAUCAAAAAUAAGACGAAAAUAUGGCUGUUUCCCGAAGGCACCAGAAAUAAGGACUUCACUAGCUUGCUGCCGUUCAAGAAGGGAGCGUUUAAUAUAGCCGUGGCUGCGCAAGUACCCAUCAUCCCCGUCGUAUUCUCGCCAUACUAUUUCAUCAACAGGCCGAAGUACAUUUUCAACAAAGGUCACGUCAUAAUACAGUGCCUGGAACCGGUGCCCACGGCCGGGCUGACCAUGGCCGACGUGCCGGAGCUCAUCCAACGAGUGCGCGGCAUCAUGGAGGCCACCUACAAGGAACUCUCCAAGGAGGUGUUGAGCGCUCUGCCGCCAGACUACCCGCUCUAUACUCAAAAUUGAAGGCUACCAAAUAAUUACCAGUAUUAUAUGACUAUGUUUGAUUCGCAGAUUUCUGAAUACAAGCACUGCCACUGCAAUGUUAUCCCUAAUAC